CACGUGUCCGCGUACAGCACAUUGAAUUUACGCGUACAGUAUGAUGUUUACAUUGCAUAUGAAAAAUAAACCUAUAUAAAAUGAUCGUACGUCUAUCAAUCGAAGUAUGAAUCUAUCAAAUUUAGGAAGAGAGUUUUAUAAAUUUAACUUUGUCGAUACAAUCAUGCUUAUAAAUUGGAUUUGGGAAAUUCUUUACUAUUUCGGAUUUUAUAGGCGGGCAAAAUUGAUGAUAAUAGGCCUAGAUAAUGCCGGUAAAUCCACACUGUUGUCUCUUCUUAAACACGGAAAACUAAUCCAGCACCCGCCAACUCCUCGUCCAGUAUCAGAGGAGAUGACUCUCGGCGGUAUCACGUUUACAGCCUAUGAUCUAGGCGGCCACCAGAUGGCCCGAAGACUCUGGAAGGAAUAUAUGCCCGCCAUUAACGCAGUUGUGUUUGUUGUCGAUGCUUCAGAUAAAGUCAGGAUUUCGGAAACGAGAGCAGAAUUAAAGGGGUUAUUUGAGAGUGAUUUUCCAAAAGAGAUUCCAGUAGCUAUAUUGGGAAACAAAACAGAUAAAAAAGACUGCUAUGGUACAGAAGAGUUAGUACAGGUGCUCGAAUUGCAACAAUACAUUACAACAUGUGAAGAAAGUGUCACUUCUAGUCGAGAGUGCCAGCUCUUUAUGACCAGCAUGCUUUAUCGUCAAGGUUAUGGUGACGCUUUCCGGUGGCUUGCAAAACAGCUUAAAUAAAUUCAUGAUUUCUCCUAAUGUAAAACACCUUUUUAUGGAACAUCACGUGUUCCAAAGAGUUUCUUACAAUAUCAGGGCAAAGUAUUAUCAAAACCAAUUUUUUUGUGAUAGAGGAACUGUUACAAAACAAUAGAAUGUAUCUAUUUUGACAUUAUUAUCAUCCACGUUUGUAAGUGAUUUGGAUUUUUCUCAGCCAUCCCUGUGCAUUUUCAGUCGGAACGAAGAUUAUU